ACACUAGACAGAACCUGGAUCAUGGACACGGAGCUGCAGGUUAACAUGUGCUGCACGUGUUUGUUUCUACUUGAGGUGUUUCAUUAACUCGCCACUUGUUGCUCUGAUGGUGGACUUUGGAACUGAGGAGAAGAGAAAAGAGAAGAACGCUUUGACGAGAAGAAAGGGAAGAAUGGGAUAGAAGAGGCAAAACUAAAUCUUCCAGUUGAGACAAUGGACUAAAGGUGACUCGGAGGGGAAGCCGGCAGAUGGACAUGGGCAGAGAGCGCCUCACCCUGGGACUGCUGCUUCGUUUGAGCAUUCUGCUCACUGCUGUGUGUGUGUGCAUCCAUGUUUACCUGGAGACAGGUUGGCAGGGCUCCCAAACACCGCCGGGACGUCCUCCUCAAUCUAAUCAGGACUCAGGCCAGCAGGGCAGAAUGAGACAAGUUUCUGCAGAAGCAGAGGACAAAAGCGUUAAAAGGAGAAUCUCCUACGUUCACACGCUGAAGAAGGACGGCCUGUCCAGGAAGAGGGACGGAGACGGAGAGGACCCCUCACCUCCUCUCCGCCCGCACAGAAAGUCUCCACGGUGGCACAUAGACCUGCAGCCCUGGGCCGGCCACAGUCCGUCUCUGGAGGCAGAAGCUAAAAGGUUCCUCGGUUACAUCACAACCCCGCAAGUGUCGUGUGCGUCGCUACCUGGUGAGGACGGAGCUGCACAGGAAGCCUCCGCCGGCGGCUGGGCUGUGUGCCUGGAUCCCCGGUUCAGCCUGAUCCACAGGAUACAGAGCAAACACUGCAGAGUUUACUCUUUUGGGUUGGGGGUGGACGACCGGUCCCUGGAGCGUUCCCUCGCCAGGUCAGGCUGUGAGGUCCACUGCUUUGAUCCCAGCUUGAAGCAACCUCACCUGCAGCAAACUGAAAUGUGGCUCCAUCGGCUGUCUGUGGACUGGAGGGAUCCCAACCCGGCCAUCGUCGCCCAACGUCAGUACGCCAACACCAAGAAACUGGCCACCAUCCUCAAUGACUUUGGACACAGAGAGGUGGACGUGCUGAAAGCAGAUAUGGAGAGCGCUGAGUGGAAAAUUUUGGAGAAUUUGCUUCUUGAAGGAGUCCUGGACUCGGUGGGUCAGCUGCUGCUGGAGCUUCACCUGCACUGGGCGGGCUUCGAGGUGGGCGGCGACGACCCGUCCGUGGUGCGGUACUGGUUCAGCCUGCUCAAGGAGCUUGAACGCGCCAACUUCCAGCUCUUCCACGUCCACUGGGACCCGGCCAAGCCUCACCUCUUCCUACAUAAGAACGUGUUCAACGCCAGCAGCGCUUACACCUUGAGCUGGGUGAACACGCAGUGGAGGCCGACUGCAAAUCAGAAAUAACUGUUGACUGCAAUAGCUUGUAAAUGGAAAUGUGAAAGGUUGUGUAACAUGGAAUGUGAGCACAGAUUCUUUCUAGAGCACACCUGUCCUGUUAUCUAGCUUAUCAAGCUUUUUACCAAGCUAAAAUCCCUGCUCCUACUUAUGCCGCUUGCCCUCUCCUGGCCUGUAAUGACCUCAGCCGUGUAGAGGGGCAGAGUAAUUGACUCCAGAGGCUCUGCGUUCUACCUCAUAGUGGCGGUGCUACUGGCUGCGGGUCAGCCUCUUAAUCACAGUCACCAUCAUCAGGGCCCAACCUGAGCCUGGCCUGUAGCCAGACGAUCAUCAGCUCCUUCCUAGAGAACACACAACUCACAAAACAGCAUAUGAAAAUGAGCGCACACUGUUAAAAGGGGAAGGUCCUGUCUCGCUGAUAGUAAUUGAACACUUGAAGGAGGCCAUUUGAGCUGCUUACACAGCAAGACAAAGAGAACGAGCAGAGGAAUGUGGGCUAUAAGGGUACAGAGAUGGAAUCUGCUCUAGAGGCAGAAGAAGCAGAUGCUUCCCUGCAGCUGAACCCUGAUGACUAUCACAAAGCAUGACGAUAAUCUAAAGAAUAGCCUGUAAUGCCUCCAUACUUGUACACAUGGUUGCCUGUUUUAAUGGCACGUGUGGGCGAGCGUGAGAGAAAAAAGAUAAUAUGAACUCCACUUUUUUGUUUUUUUGCAAAUUGCAGUUUCCUCAGUUAUAAAAGAAAAACACAAUUUAGAUUCACACAAAGAGGAAUGUUAUGUAAUUGACAGUUUUUUUUCUAAUGUGCUUUACUUCAUUAUCUGUGCUGCACCAGAACAUUAGCAACAAACCUAUUCUGAGAAUGAAAUACUGGUCUGACAAUCCAAAGAAUAAUGCACAAGUUAUUCAAUUAUUGUACUUUGUCAAAUCCUUUUUUUAUAAAGCGAGACAAGACAACCAACGGUCUGGGAUUUCUCUCCAUGCUUCUGUGUUGACUUGUGGAAGAAGAAAUAAACUUUUUUUUCUCCAAGGAAA